CUAGUGCUUCAUUAUUGAUGGUUGUCUCAUAUUUGAAAGUUAUCUAUUGCCCAGCAGCUUUGCUCUUGGAUGGGUGAGGAACACUCAUGUGUGAACUCACUGUGAACUCACUCUUAUUUAGAUGACAGUUGCUUUUUUGAGAAGGAUAAUCUCAUGGACUCUGAACUCCUACUGUGUUCACUGAGGUUUACUUCCAGUGUUAGAACCAGUAGAACAUGUUCACCCGGAGACGCUCCAAGGCUUUCUUACUGGACACAGUCAAUAGAGGAGCUGAGUUUGUGGAGAUCCUGAAAAUUGUUUACCCCAAAGCCAGUGAUCUUCAUGAGAAGGAUUUUGACUGGUUGUUUGACUGUCCUCGGAUGGAGCAGUUUCUAGACUGGUUCUGCAACACAGUUGGGGAGGAGAAUGUCUUGAGCCCUACAGAAGUGGAGGCCUAUGAGGAGCUGCUUUCUUCUGAGAAGCCUGUUCUGGAAGAUGAAGCAUUGGAGCAGGCGCUGAAGAUCUGCCGCCAGUCCCAUCACCUAAACAGUGUGCUGCAGGACAAUGAAGCCUUGCCCCUUGAAACCAUGGAGCGAGAGAAGCAGAUGCUGAAGAGCCAGUGUGCCGGUCGGAUAAAGCGGCGCAACAAGCUUCAGAUUUGUGUGGCCAGCUUGAAGCAGGAGCUCUGCCAUUUGGCAGAGAAGACCGAGAAAGCAAGCAGCAUGUUGAAGAAAGCUCACCUACAACUGGACCUAGAGAACAUUCAGAGUAAUAAUAUUCUCAGCCAGGCCUGUAAGAUAACAAAGGAGCUGGUAAAGUGGCAUAAGGAACCUAGACAUGAGCGUCUGGAUGUAUUGCUGGCAAGAGCAGGUCUGGGAUGUUACCUAGAGUUGGAAGAAAAAGUCACAAAGGCAUUACUGGGAUUCUUCCCAAAGACCCUGCCAGAUGCUGUCAAUCAUACGGAGGCUGAGAGAGCAAUUCUAGCAAAGAAGGGCUGGGGAGGCUCUCAAGAGCAGCUGAGUACAGAGAUGAUAGUAAGGCUACCUUGGAAAGAGCUGCCAGAAAACAGGGGUAUAUUUUGUGGUAACAGGUCUGAAGAUCAGAAAAUAACCACAAGAGCACUGAAGAGCCAUGGAGUCCAUCAGGGGCAGCUGGGCAGUACGGAUGAGCCAGAGCUUAUACCUAAAGUCAAAGAAAUGGGCCAUCCCAAAAUGGAGGAGUGCACAGCAGAGGCAUUGGCAGUAGAGGAUGGCUGUCAAGCAAGGCUGAAGACACAGGCAGAAAUGGUCCACAUGGAGAAUCCUAAAGACAACAACCUGGGCAGCUACCAAGAAGAACUGGGGCGCAUGGAGUUUGCUUAUGUAUGCAGUCAGAAAUCACUAAUCAUGACCUCUGCAGGAAUUAGGGGGAUUUUGUCUGCCUUGCAAUGGACAGGGAAGGCCUUGAAGGCUGCAAAGGAGAAUAAGAUGGAAGAGGCAGUAGAUGAACUGCGCCUUCACGUAGUCACCUGCCAGGAACAGCUGUGCAUCCUCCAAAGUGAGGUAGACCAGGCAAAGACCCAACAGCUUGUACUCUUGCUUCAGUGCAAUGCCCACCUCCUUCGCUGGCCUGUUAUAUGUGGGGAACUGGACUUAGAAGCCAUCAGACUGGGGCAUGUUGAGUCCAUGCAGGAAGAAGCUGCUGCCCAACUGUUGGGUCAGCUGAGUCAUUUGGAUCUGUUGAACCUCUUACUGAUGCUGGAAGAGAAGAAUCUGCACCAGAUGGGAACAAGUCUCAAGGAGAUGGUGACUAUCCUGAAUGGCUCCCAGGCUAAAUUGCAGGAAUGGCAAUCUUGCUGUGAGGAUUCAAGGUUCUCCAUUAAGCAAUGUCCACGAACUCUAACAGACCCCAGUGAUCUCAUCAUACUACGGUUAUGGGAGAUGCUGGAUAAGCAUGGCCAAGAGAAGCAACUCUUCCGUACCUAUGAAACUUUGGCAGGUCGGGGCUCACGGUUGCGCCAGGAAUUGAGGAUGCUCCAAGUGCAGCUGGCAACCCCAUUCUCUCAGCUUCCUAAACUGGAGUCUGACAAUGAGCGACUACAUUGUAUAAUGUACGGUGACUCCAACCAGCUAAUGCUUCAUGCACAGGAAUUGUCUGAACCUCUGGAGCAACUUGGUAUGAUGCAAGCCAAACUCUACCAAAUGCUAAUGGACACCCUGAGCGAAUUGAAGGCCAAACGCAAAUCCCUGCAGAGCCACUUUCAGAAGGCUGAGCGUAGCCUCUACAUGCACUUCUUCAACAACCCAGCCCAGCUGAAGGAGCUGGUACAAGAACUUGAGAAGCAGGCCCUGGCCUUCUCAUAGGUGCAGGUAUAAUCAUCACUAGAGAAGAGUGAAAGGCGUUAAGUAGAAAAUGAAUCUAAUUGCUUGCUCUGAAGUCCUCACAAGUUGUCUUCAUCAAGGUUGAAAGGAAAGCCUCCUUCAGGAGGCUCAAGGAGGAUCCUGUUGAUAGUACAUAAGAGGUUAUAUUGCUAUGAACCCCUCUAAGCACCGAUGGGUGGGGGAAGCAGUUCUGAAGCAGAAAAAGUUAAAGCACUAAGAGGUGGUUUGGCAGAUAACAAGGCCACCACAAAGGAGUCUGAGCAGUUCUAGGACAUGGAAAAAGAAAUGCUGUAAAAUAAUUCCAUGCUCAGUUGUGUCUCUCUUCUACAAUGACGACUGGGUAAAAGAUCCUUAACCACAAACCUACUUCUCCUCUGAGUUUGGGCCUUGUGAUGGAUACAGUGCUGGAUGGAUGGAGUGACUGCAAUUAUAGUGGGCAGAUUAUGAACUACAGUUCAUAUUUGGAAGAAGAGAUGUUGAUUGUUUUGUCUGUCUUUUCAACCUGUUUUCCAACUGCAACUUCCUGUAUUAUUCCAAAAACUGUAAUAGAAAGGAGCAGGGUGCAAAGCCAAGAAUGUUUUGCUAGUUGUCAAGGAAGUCAAUAUCUAUUUUCCCCCACCCCAUCUAUUUUUUAUAUAUAUAAAUCUCUCUCACACACACUUCUGUAACUAUCUUGUCUAUUAAUGCCUUAAAAUGUAACCAGCAUGUCUAGAGAAUACAUUGUUUAGACUGGAAAUGACAUAGUAUAAUAUUAAUACAUGUACUUUAUGUGCACUUUAAUUUUAUCUGCUUUUCAGGCAAAGAAGGAUAGACUUCCAAGCUUAUUAAGAUGCUAAAUUGUUUAAAAUUCCUGGAAAAGUAUUAUAACUACAGGAUUAUCUUGUCUGGGAUUAUAGAAUCCUGCUGGGAAUUGGCCAUAGUAAUUCAAGUGGGAUCUAAAUGGAAAUUAAUUUGAAAGGGAAAUUGGCCGAGACCCAAUGUAUAUAAUCUAUACUCAUGCUUUCUGAAGUCUGGUGGUGCCGCCAGAGGCUACCACAAAAGUAAACUGACCCACUGCUAAGGAUGAGGUUGCUUCUCAUACACAUGUUGUGCAGUGCAGUUGCACUUUUUUUCCAUUUUCGCGAUGUACACAGACAUGCCAUGAAUAAACCACACACAUCUGAAAGCAUCAAGACAUGACUUCUGGUGCUGCUAUUGCUAGUGACACAUUACAGUCAUCUCUCACCAAGUGCGAGGGUUCCGUUCUGGGAAGACCUUGCGGCUGGCAAAUUCACGGUUGGUGGGACAUUAAAACCAAUGGGAAACGGGGUUAGGGGAAUUGUGGUCCCAAAAGACUGCAAAAUACAGUUUAAAUAGGAAAAAACCCACCCCGACUCCCAGAAAUAGAAAAAAAACCCACCCCAAAUUACCAAAAGAUCUCACUAAACCACAGAUCUUCAGGUUGUGGCUGGUGAGACCUGACACAAUUUCCCAGUCAUGGAUACUUAAAACCACGAUUGAGACUGAUUGCCACAGUUGGCAAGGGAUGACUGUACAGAGAAUGGGCACCAUGUAUUGAUGUAUGUGUGCAUCAGUGCAUCAUGUUAUGGCACCUUAUGACAGCAAAAGGUAGGCAGGUAGAAUAUGAAAGAUCUCCAUAAGAAUCCACUGUAAAACCCUCUCCAGAUAUUACAAAACGAGCCCAAAAUAAGACAGCUUGUUAAAUACUGUAUAUACCUAUUCUGAAAACAGUUGUUCCCUGUUGUAAAGUGCAGAGAAUCACACAGGAAGAAUGAUGGUCAGGCCAAGCUAGUGCCAAAAGGUAUCGCUUCUUGAUUAAAUUACCUCAGUAAUGUCAUUUUUGUUGAGGUUCCUUAGGCUUCCAAGGGCAGCAUCCAGAGCAGGGAGGGCUUCUGCCAGGUCUUUUUGGGCAUCAUCAGCAAUAGCCUGAGCUUUCUGAGCUUUCCCUUUAGCUUUCAUUUCUUCUGCUUGCACAUCAUUUCGUGUCUCUUCAGCUGUAGCUGUGUCUACCUGUAGCACAUAAAAGAUAUUUAGCAUCUUUUCUACAUCAACCUGGGCCUGUUUUUGAUCUAGACCUGACAUUUCUGGUUCCCAAAUGGACUUUGUUCAGUUAAAAACUUGCUCUUUCUCUCUGUGGUGUGUGUGGGUUUUGUUUUUUGGGUUUUUUUUGCAGAUUGUCAAUAAAUGACUUUACAUAACAUACA